AUGCAGCUUUUCAAAGUCCCAACCUGUGUCCUCCUCAUCGCAUCCGUUCUUGGGGCCAACGCUCUUCCCGUUGCAGAUGGAGCAGCAAACGAACUCCAAACUCGCGAGUAAGUUCCCAGAACAUCCCAGUUUGCAUUUUCCAACCAGUUACUUCAGACCCAGCAGGCCUGUGCCCUACGUGCGAACAGAAGGCCCUCUCCUAAUCAUCAAUUAUGGGGGAAAACCCAAGCCAAAGCCAAGACCUCAGCCAAAUUCUCAGCCAAAAAGCCCGACCAUAGCUGACAAAAUCAAAAGCGUGUUUAGCAGAGACACUGUCCGGAUUGAAGCCCGCGAGGCCAGAGGUGCAGGAGGAAGAGGUGGCGGUGGCGGUGGAGGGGGAAGAGGCAGUGGUGGUGGUGGUAGAGGUGCAAUUAGUGGAAGUAGGGGAGGAGGAGGAGGAGGCGCUGGAACAGCGAGAAAGACUGAUGAUGAGGAGGAGAGAAGAAGAAAGGCCCAAAAACUCCACGCUGGAUUCUAG